ACCACGGGAAAUGUGACCGAGCGUCGUCGUAUCGAUACCUCGUCACCGGAGUCUCUAUUUCUGUGCCGUGUCUCUCAAGUGACACCUGCUCCGAAAGCGAAAUUGUCAGAGGGACACAGUUGACAUAAUUCCUAACGCGCGCUGAUUGGAUUCGGCGUCUGUGAUACUUGUGAGCAGCCGACAUACGCGUGUCAGAACAUCAUCGCGAUAUGAGGAUGUAUAAACGAGGACACGCUAAUCGGAAUUUAGUCGAACAAGAGUGAUUUAUACGCGUAUUUAUCGAUAUAUAUAUAUAAUACAUUGAACACAGUGUACCCAGAGUGAAGUGACGUUUCUGUCGAUUGUCAAACGAAUUUGCGUGAUGAAGCUACACGAGAAGAAAGAAUCAGGUAUCCACAGAGUGCAAGAAGUGCCUCUCGAGGAACUGGACUUAUCGAAGGAGUACAAUGUGGAGAAGACUCUAGGCGAGGGUAGUUUCGCGAAAGUUCUAUUGGCGACGCACAGGGCUACCCAGACGAGGGUGGUCCUGAAAGCGGUUCAUCAAGAACUUACGUCGGAAAAGGAUUUCUUCCGAGAAUUCCACUACUCGUACCACCUGAGCCCGCACCCCAAUAUACUCUGCUCGUACGCCGUCGCCUUUAAAGCAGAGAAAUGUUUCGUCUUCGCGCAGGAGUACGCGUCUUACGGCGAUCUCGCCGGCAACGUGAAAGCCGGCGGGCUCAGCGAGGACGCCUGUAAGAGAAUCGCUGGUCAGCUUGCCUCGGCCCUCGACUUCAUCCACUCGAAACAACUGGCCCAUCGCGACAUCAAGCUGGAGAACGUGCUGGUGUUCGCGCAGGAUAUGAGCAAGGUGAAGCUAUGCGAUUUCGGCUGCACGAGGCGUGAGGGCACCCUCGUGAAUAAAAUCCGUUGCACCUGGGUGCCGUUCCAACCGCCCGAGAUUCACGAGAUCAUCAAGAACGAGAGGUACGCUUGCAAGAGGAGCUCGGACUGCUGGCAAUUCGGCAUUGUCCUCUUCGUUUGCCUGACCGGCAACCCGCCGUGGCAGAGCGCCGACCUGAUCCAAGACCCAGACUACUCGGCCUUUCAACGAUGGCUGAAGCGACGUACCACCAAAAUCCCACCGACUUUCCGUCGCUUCACUCCUAGGCUACUCCGAUACUUUAGGCGAGCAUUUGAACACAAGCCGGAGAAGAGGCCGCACGUGACCGAGAUCAACAAGUAUCUAAAGGACUCGUGGUGCGUCAGUAAGAUCAGCCACAGCGCGACGUCGACGUCGGUCGAUGUCAGCGAGAGCCUCGCCAGGCGAGGCGACAGUCUGCUCUAUCUCGACACCAUCUUGGACGAUCGGCACAACGUGGACGAGAACAAGAACAAGCUGAGGAAGUUGCUCAACAGUUACGGCCUGGAGACUACGGUGGACCAGAAAGUCGUCACCAAGAGGAUAUGGGAGUGGGUGAUGCAGUGCGAUUCUAACGUGGACACAGAGGCGGGUCUGAUCGGUAGCUUCAGCACGGAGGACAUGUGAGAGAUAGUGAGAACUUGCAGCGAGCCGUGCCUUCGGGUCACCCAGGAAGAACCAACUAAGUUCCGAAUGGGCAGCUUCUACAUGCCGACCUCGUUCAGAUGUGCCAAAUAAUCAGCUGGAGCUACCUAGCCGAGAGACACUUCCCGGAAAAUUCGUUCGAAGAGUGUUCCGCAAGAAAAGCGAGACACGACUCUGUUCCAGCGACAUUUCCAGAGUGUCGAAAUCUAAUCACAGGCGGACCAAUUAUUGAUGAACUUCCUUAAUUAGUAAGAAUAAAGAUCGCAAAAAAAUUCGAAAGACAAUGAUAUUUACAUUGAUCGGUGUUGAAAACGAUAAGUCACAAUUAAUAUUCCCAAAAAGUUUAAUAUACAAAGGAUGUCAUCAAGAUGUUAAAAAGACAUUUUAGUCUCUCAAGCAUCUUCAUAUUUAGAAUUUUAUGUUGCUUUGGAAAUUUCGAAAUAAAAGUGAAAUAUAUCUCUUGAUCAUAAGAUGCUCUAGCAGUUAAGUGUAAAUGUGAUAUACAAUUAUUUAAAUAGAAAGAAAGAGAGAGAGAGAGAGAGAGAGAGAGAGAGAGAGAGAGAGAGAGAAAGAGAAUUUGUGAAAGAAUGGUGAUAAGCUGAUAAUUAGCUUGAUGUACUAACUAUAGAGACAAUAAUGCAGGUGCAUAUGAUUUUUGCGUUAAUCAGUUGUCCUGGUAAACUGAUGGUCUUAGUGAUGCCUUAUGCCUCGCGAUUAGGCGUGAGGUUAGACAGCCAUUUAAAAAUAUUUUGUAUAUUCAACUUUGAAAUCUGUUUCUGUUUAUAUUACUUAGUGAUAUAUAAUCUCUAAUCUUUGUUAGGCAAGAAAUAAGAAAGCAAGAAGACUGUAUAAUCCAGGGAUUCCCAGACCAGAGAUCGUAACUCCAAACGUAGCAUAAUUUGUAAAAACAUUUUCGGAAACAAUCCACUCUUAUUCCAUAAUAACCAGCAGAUGGGGACAAUCGGAUUUUAAUUGCUACGUAAACUGAGAGAAAUCGCUUUAUCUUUUAAAAUGUUUAUCACAAUAUAAAAGUUCAAUAAUAAUUCGCGUCGAGAGAAAAAAAUGCCGAAAACGUUUAAGAAUCUGGCAUUGCCGAAAAAUGCGAAUAGAGAUCACAACGUGAGAUGGGCGAUUACCGGAAGUAUCGUUAUCAACAAGAUCUAAAUCACACAAUUGUAGAUACAUUUACAUAAGCAGGUAUAUAUUCGCAUUCGUGCUAGACAUGUAUAUACAUAUACGUGUGUACGUAUAUACGUUAUAGGCAAAUAUAGUACACAUAUAUUCUUGUAGCAGUUUAUGGUGUAGCGCAUAGAGGUUCCGUUUGUAAAAUUAGUUACGCCAUUUCGUAACGGUGAUAUAGGUAUAGCGUAAUAUUGCAUGCACGUUGCGAUUUCAACAGUUGUAAUGGUCUCUCGCUAACGAUCUCGCAUUAAAACGCCCAGGGAUAACAACAUGUGAAACGGGCGUUUCGCAACGAAUCAGUUGCCAAAUUCAUCGCUUGCUUAUCGCGAUUGGAUAUCCACACGAUUUAAUUCGCGUUAUAAUCAGAAAUUUAUCAUUACAAUUUAUACAUAAGCGACAUCGUUUUCUAUAUUCUCAUUUGUGAUCGUACGGUAAACCGAUUGAACUGAUUUGCAUUUUACGAGUAUCCGAAUUUGCGCGCACGCAAAAUUAUAAGACUGAACUGGAAAAGCCCUUAAUGCAUUGAAAAAUUGAAAAAAAAAA